UUAUAUUAUUUAUUCUGUACAUAUCAUUAAAAAACUAUUUUUUAAAAUAAAAUGUUUUCUCGUAUCAACUUUCUUAAAAAAGGUCGAUCGUUGACAACUAAUGUUAGAUCUAAACGACGAGUUGUUGUUACCGGGUUAGGACUUGUAUGUCCUCUCGGUGUUGGUGUACAGUAUGCUUGGAAUAAUCUUCUUGAAUCUAAAUGUGGAAUAACUAAACUAUCUGAUUUAGAUUAUGAGAAAUUACCUUGUAAAGUGGCUGCCUUGAUACCUAAAGGGAAUCAGUCACAUGAACUAAAUAUAGAAUCGUAUUUUUCUAAAAGUGAAUUAAGAACAAUGUGUCCGGCUACAGCUUAUGCACUGAUAUCUUCAGAAGAAGCUCUUUCUGAUGCAAAAUGGAAACCUGAAGAAGAAAAUGAUAAAAGAGAUACAGGAGUAGCUGUUGGUAUUGGAAUGAUUGACUUAGUAGAUGUAUAUUCGACAUAUGAAGCUUUAAAAAAAGGAUAUAAUAAAGUCAGUCCUUAUUUUGUACCACGAAUUUUACCAAACAUGGCAGCAGGUCAUAUUAGUAUUAAAUAUGGAUUUCGAGGACCCAAUCAUUGUGUAUCAACAGCCUGUGCAACUGGAGCACAUGCUAUUGGUGAUGCAUUUCGUUUUAUACGUGGAGGUGAAACUAACGUUAUGGUUUGUGGUGGAGCUGAAGCAUGUAUCAGUCCGUUAGCUGUUGCAGCAUUUUGUCGUCUUCGUGCACUCAGUACUUCUAGAAAUGAUUUUCCUUACGAAGCAUCAAGGCCAUUUGACAGAGACAGAGAUGGUUUUGUAAUGGGAGAAGGAUCUGCUAUAUUAGUACUAGAAGAAUUAAAUCAUGCUCUUAAUAGACAAGCUCCUAUAUAUGCAGAAAUUCUAGGAUAUGGGCUUUCAGGAGAUGCAGCACAUAUAACAGCUCCUAGCGAAGAUGGUACUGGUGCUUUAUUAGCAAUGGAUAGAGCAGUAAAAGAUGCCGGUAUAGAAAUCUCAGAAAUCACAUACAUAAAUGCGCAUGCUACUUCAACUCCAUUAGGUGAUGCUAUUGAAUUAAAAGCUGUAGAAUCUCUUAUGGGAGAACAUAGUAAAAACGUGUUUAUAUCAAGUACAAAAGGAGCGCAUGGGCAUUUAUUAGGUGCAGCAGGAAACUUAGAAGCUGCCUUUACUAUCCUGGCUAUAAAGGAUGCUGUGAUACCACCUACUAUAAAUUUACAUAAUUUAGAUACAAAAACAAGCUUACAAUUAGUACCUAAUGAAAAGAAAAAUUGGACUUCUAGUAGCAGACGAAUAGCUUUAAAAAAUGCUUUCGGUUUCGGUGGAAUAAACGCAUGUCUUUGUUUUGCAGAAUAUAUUGUUUAAAAAAAGAUUAAACAUUAAGCAUUCCAUCACAUUAAGAAAACAUAAUAUGCUAUAUACGUUUAGUAUAGAUAAACAGGCGUCAUUUUAUACGCAAAUAAUAAUAAAAUCAUUGUAAGUAUCUUCAUACAUUUGUUAUAAACAAGUUAAACAAAUAAAAAAUUGAUAAUGAAUCUAAUCUCAGUCAUCAACUUUUAUAAUAACUUAAAUAUUUUAAAUAAUUUUAUGCAACAAUAUACAAUGUGUACAAAUUACAUGAUUCAGGAUAAAUUUCUUUUUAUAUGGAGAAUUUGUCACAUUAAAAUUACACAAAAAGAGAUAUAAACUAGAAUAAUAAAAUAUAUAUUGGAAUGUAACAUUUAUUUUAUAUUAAGUUUGCAAUAAUCUUCAAUCAUGAUAUUACUAUCGUAAUAGCGGGAUUACGAAUAAUCGUGAUUAUGUCGCAACAUA